AUGAGUCUGGUAGACCUUGCCAGGGCCACGGAGGGGAUCGCGAUGCCCCUCGCCCAUUUCAUCGACAAAGUGGCCACCCGCUCCGCCGACAUCGCCAGCGUGGUCUCCGAGCUGUAUGCCAUCAGUUCCGCUCUCAGGACGCUGGACACGCUCAAACUCUCCCCGCUGUUCGACUUGAUCGAUGGCGACCUGGAGAUGGUCGCGCGAGCCAGUCUGCGGCAUACCAUCGGGGAUUUCAUGGAUUUGUUUCAGCGGAUGAACGCCGCGGGACCCGUAGACUACGAUCAGACUGAGAAAUCAGAUCAGGCGAUGAUGGCCACCAUCCGGAAAGCCCUUGCUCCGCUUCGCGUCGCUCAGGACAAACGGUAUGCGGAAACUAUGGACAAACGGAAACGACAGCAACAACAGCAGCAGCAGCAGCACCAACAACAACAACAGCAGCAACAACAUACUCACCCACUUUUUCCUCUCCACCCACACUUUCAACAUCAACAGCAACCGCAACCGCAACCGCAACCGCAACAGCAGCACCAGCAGCCACCUCCGCCCCCUCCCCAACCUCCCAAACCACCAUCUGCCAGCCGCCCUCGAACCCCUGACGCGAGAAGACAUUCCCGACAUGCACGAAAGGCCGCGGAGAUGACCCAGCGCGGCUCAUGGGAGCGCGAGAGGCCUUCGCCAUCGGCACCACCGCCGAUAUCACCCUCAUUUUCGGAGGGCAGCCCGAUCUCCUCCCAUCCCAGCCCGGUAUCUGUCAACGCCGAAACUGCGAGCUCGCUAUCGUCUUCGUCGUACAACUUCGUAAAUGGAGUUAGGCAUUGGUCUGUGAAACUAUUUGGAAUGCAAAUGAAGUCGUCAACCCCGUUGACUAUAACUGGAGACAUUUCAUUCCCCGGCAAACCACAGUUGUCGAUGAUUUUCUACAUAAGAGACCGUGACCAUAGAACUAGGGUCCUAUGCAGAGUCCGGACUUCUAAGACCCGCACCGUUUAUUCCACAACGCCUAUUACGUCGCUACAAAUAUAUCGUAACGGCUCCUGCCUUCAGCUUUGCAGAAAAGAUCCUGAGGAUGAGGACGAUUUGAUAAUGUGGGCAAAUCUUCAGUUUAGCUCCAUAGAGAAGAUGGUUCUUUUCUUUUGCACUUUCCUAGCGCUGCGUGGACAAGAUUCAAGUCAUCCGGUUACGAAAAUCACGGACCAUGAAUUGCGCGGCGAGCUACAGCUCUUUGGCGGCGAUAUCCAAGACGACAACUUCCUCCACACUCUUCAGAUAUUGAAGGACCAUGAGUCGAAAUCUGUGCGGCUUCAGGCGUCAGUGUCUGACGGCGAAUUGGAACGAGUGCCUAUCUGGAGCGCGUUUAUACACCCCUAUUUUCGAAAAAAGGGGUGGAUUCAAAAGGUUGGGCCGAAAGUAGUUUAUAUCUCAGAAAUGCAGCGGAUGACAUUUAUCGACUCGGAAGAGUAUACUCCGCAAAUAUCCAGCCGUGGAGACCAUGUCCUUACGUUUCUUUCAGAACGCGAGACGGAUGGUUUCAUGCGUGUCAUCGAGGGCCUGAUAAAACACUCUCGUCCACGUUAA